AUGUUCCGACCUCGUCGUAGCUUCGGUCCCGGUCCUCGAGGCGGACCCCCUCCACCUCGAAUGGGCCCGCGCAUGGCUGGUCCACGCAUCGGUCCUCGCAUCGUUCCUGUUGCUGUCCCCGUCGGUGGCCGAGGGUUCCAUGGCGGCUGGCACGGCGGCUGGCAUGGAGGCGCCGCUUGGUCUCAUCGCCCAUUGCUCUCCGUAGUCGUUGAGCCUUGUCCGUCCGACAGAAUUGAGACGCAGGCUCUCAACGGUGCACCGACCAGAGCAAUACCAGCAAGUAUUGGUAAGUUUUGGGCAAGGUCUCAGAAGGCCAUCACGUUGGAGCAAACACUAACUUUGAAGUCGGCGCCUUCUCACGUUCUCGGCCCGGAAACUCUACCCGGCCCCAGGUCCGCAUCCAGCAUUAAGCAUAUCUACUCUCUCUCGAUACCGAAUCAACCUCACAAAUUGACCAAGUCAAUACACCUUCUUGGCUCCGCUUCCUUCUCUACGAAUUCCCGUAUGGACGCUGUCCCGCUCUCCUGA